AAAGGCUUUCGAGAGGAGACUUACUGAAUAUAUUCAUUGCUUGCAACCUGCAACUGGACGUUGGAGAAUGCUUCUUAUAGUGGUGUCUGUCUGUACAGCUACUGGUGCCUGGAACUGGUUAAUAGAUCCUGAGACACAAAAGGUGUCCUUCUUCACAUCAUUAUGGAACCAUCCAUUUUUCACCAUUAGCUGUAUCACACUAAUAGGCCUGUUUUUUGCUGGAAUACACAAGAGAGUAGUUGCACCAUCAAUUAUAGCUGCUCGAUGUCGAACGGUAUUAGCAGAGUACAAUAUGUCUUGUGAUGAUACAGGAAAACUGAUUUUGAAACCUAGGCCUCAUGUUCAAUGACAAUCUGCCCUCAUUGUUAUAGGACCUAAAACAGUUUUUCUUCAAAUAAGUGAUACAGCAAAAAGCCAUAAAGGAUUCCUUUUGCAGUUGGAAAUGUGAAGGCUACAGCAACAACUGACAAGAAGUGUGCAAUAUUUCCCCAGAUGAUCUUGAUGGUGAUAACUCAAGUUAUCAGUGCUUUGGUACCUUUGAUUACCUGUGUUCAGUAUUAGUGUCACUUUAGUACUUCAGCUCCUGCAGAUUUUUGCAGAUGAAGUAUGUAUGUUACUAAGUUAAACUUAGAAACAGAACCUCAUUCAUUUUUUAUAAUGUAUUUUUGCAGACUACUGUAAAUAGCAAAUCAAUGCCAAUGUUAAAGAAGAAAAUGUUGUGUGGACUUUGUUCUCCUGCACCAGUAUUUCAGGAACAUCUGCUUGCCAUCCCUACGGCUUUUUAAAACCGGCUAUUAUGUGUGCCUUUCAUUCUUAACUCCUCUUCUAAAAUUGUACUGCAGGAAAAACAUCAGAUUCUGCUUAGACUGAGGAAAACUCAUCCCCAUUAUGUUGUAAGCAAUUAUGGAUGUUUUGAGAAACAAUUUUUGUUGAACAAGACUGAACUGCAGCAACUAUUGUUCCAUUUUUCAGUUCAUUAUUUUCAUUUAACACUAAAUAUAUUUUUUAAGAGUUUUAAGAACACCCCAAAGUCUCCUGAAUGUACAAAUUCAAUUAUAAAUUAUAUAGUCCGAGAAUUUGAUAGUCAUUGUUUUAGAUAAUUGGGGUUUGUCUUGUGAUAGACAUACUGUUACACAAGUACUAUGUGGUGUAACUGAGUGUCCUCCUCUGUCACCAGGACAACACGGGAGUGUGCCACAAACCAGAGUCUACAAUUCUCACUGUUCAGAGAGUGUUAAUGACAUACUGUGUAUGCAUAACAGCCACAUGUACUAUUAGAGCCCAUAACAUUAAACUAUUGGGAUUACUGUAAAUAUUUUAAAGUACUAGAGGUGCCUUUUACCUGUUUACCUGUUUAGAAGACUUUGAAAAGGUUUAAAUUAUUACAUGAGCAGUCUUUUAAAUUUCAUUUAACAUAAAGCUGACAUUUCAUAAUAGGACAAAAACUUUUUAACACAUUUAACUUAAAUGUGUUCAUUUGGCUUUCGUGUGUAUAAAAUUUUAUUCUUUGAACUGCAGCAAUAAAACCCUCUGCUCCUAAGAAGUCUUAAGAGGGGAUUCUAUAUAUUCUGCUUUGUUUUAUUUUCUGUAAAUUUUGUAGGUAAAUAUGUGCAUAA